CACACCCCGGCAGAAACACCACGGAGAGCAGCCACCACGAUCCCCACCGCGAGAGGAGAGAGUCUCGUCGAGUGUAAUACCACAUACCGCACGGAGAGUGUCGCUGUUCGACUCUCUCGAAAUCGUUUCUGCGCCUGCGCAACGGACCUCGUGGGGAUAUCAACGCCGUGCGCUUUCUCGGCGGCCCUGUCCUCUUCGAUAUCUGGAAUCUGCUGUGAGCAGGUAUUGUGGACUUCUACGCUUCACUCUACUUUACCGUGGAACCCCACGUAUCCCUCCAAACCUGGCCUCACUUCCAACCGAGUCGCUGGCCCUUGCCAAACUAUCCCGCAACGCAAACCAUCGAUACCCGAAGGACGUUCUCUCGGAGAGGAUAAGGGAUACUGGACGAGGGUUAAGAGCGGGCCUCCGCCAGAACGGCAGAACAAACGCAACGCUUAAUUUCUAAUAUUUUCGAGAUACCCAUAUAUAGACAACAUGUCUUCCAAGAGCGCGCAAGACAGCAAGGGGCGUCAGUCGUCUGCGGGCAAGUUCUUCGGACGCCGCCUUCAUAAGGAUAAGAGCGGCGGCCCGGGAGACUCACAUUCGCAGUAUUUGGCGGCCCCGACGACUCAAAGUCCACCUGGGAGUGCUGCCGGAUCGCAAUCGUCAAGACAUUCGCAUAGACAUUCGAGUUCGGUGGCGUCGAUUGAUAGGCCCGUGUCCGUGGUUGCAGAUCCAGGGCUCGCCAUGCAGGCGGGCAUCAUAUCUUCCAUGCCCUACGAGGCGUCGCCUUCGGACGGGAAGCCGUUAUACGAUUCUUCGAGACAUGGGGAACCCCUCCCGCAUCACUUAACCAAAGGGGGCGACUUUCACCAAUACCCCGUCUUCAACCCAUCUUCCGCGCCAAACGGCUAUGCGAACGCCCAACCACCCCGCCCACCUCCACACGCUACAGGAGUCACGAUAGCAUCCAGUCACCCAGGCGAUAGAGGGGUUUCGAUGCAGCAGUGGGGUGCAGCGCGCACAAGCAACGCCAGUAUCUAUUCCACCGACUCGAAAUCCCGCUCAUCCAAUACCUUCUACCCGCAGAAUACCUCCCAGUCGACCUUCUCCUCUAUCGGGCUUGACACCGGUAGUCUUCUUCACACCGCCAUUGCACCACCUCGCGAUUCGCAUUCGCAUCGGCACCUUUUCCAUCCGAACCAGCCUUCUCCUUCGGCGUCGGUGUCGUCGUUUGGACAGGGGUUUAAUCUACAGAGGCCGCCGGAUCAUAUCGUUGAGCAAGAGUUUAGGAAUCUAAUGGUGAAGCGGGAGAUGAGGAGUUUGCCCGAGCAGGCGCGACGGCAAAUGGAGGCGUACAAGAUCGAUAAGAAGUGGACUCUAGUGUACCAGGAUAAACUAGCGGAGUACAAGAACGAGGAGAAGAAACGCCAGACUCAAAGGUCAACAUACAUAUCCGGAAAUCCGGACAUUCUCAUGCGUGCGGAAGAGGAGGGUUCGCCGGAAUGGUACGUCAAGAAGGUGAUGGACAACUCGAUCACGAUCAAGCAGAUGCAAAGCUUGGAGAUCAGUCUAAGAACACAGCCAAUUGCCUGGGUCAAGGGCUUCAUCGAAGCCCAAGGUACCGUCGCGCUGACGAACGUCCUGGCCAAAAUCAAUAGGAGGAAGGGUCAAGGACCGGCGCCGCCGCCGAGCAGUUUGCUGGGGAAAGCCGAGAACGAUAUCGAGCGCGAGUACGAGAUCAUCAAGUGUCUGAAGGCGCUGAUGAAUAACAAGUAUGGCGCCGAUAAUGCGUUGCAGCAUCCAGGGAUCAUACAGGCGCUGUGCGGGUCGCUCACAUCAACGAGAUUGAACACGAGGAAGUUGGUUUCGGACGUUCUGACGUUCUUGUGUCAUUGGGGCGAGGGCGCGGGUCAUGAGAAGGUGUUGCAGGCGCUGGAUACGCUCAAGGCGCAGUAUGGGGAAAAUGGUCGCUUCGAUGCUUGGAUGCGGAUUGUCGAGGUGACGAUCGAUGGGCGCGGGAAGAUGGGGUCCAUGGUGGGUGCGUCGGACGAGGUGCGCAGCGGAGGCAUCGGCAUGGAGAAUCUGCUCAUGGAAUAUGCCAUUGCGACGCUGUUCCUCGUCAACAUGAUUGUGGAUGCUCCGGAGCGCGAUUUGCAUCUCAGGAUGCACAUCCGGGCACAGUUCACGGCAUGCGGUAUCAAGCGCAUUUUCCACAAGAUGGAGGGAUUCCAGUACGAAGUCAUUGACAAGCAGAUCGAGCGGUACAAGAACAAUGAGGCUAUCGAUUACGAGGAUAUGCAGGAGCGGGAGAAUAGUUCCAUGGUGGAUAGCAUCGAGGGAGAGGUCAAGGACUUCAAUGACCCGGUUCAGAUUGCCGAUGCCAUCAUGUCGAAGGUUAAAGAUAGUAGGGCCCAGGAUUACUUCCUUUCUGCUAUGCAGCACCUGCUGCUGAUACGCGAUACCGAUGGGGAAGACCGCCUCAAGAUGUUCCAGUUGGUGGAUGCCAUGCUCAGCUAUGUGGCUAUGGAUCGUCGGUUACCGGAUAUGGACCUGAAGCAGAGCUUGAACUUCACAGUACAGUCUUUGCUCGAUAAGCUGUAUACCGAUGGAGAGGCACGGCAGAUCCGAGACGAAGCCAUCGAAGCACGGCAGAUUGCAGAUUCGGCUAUUGCAGAGCGUGACGAGGCGAAAGCACAGCUGGAGCUUGGGGCCGAUGGUAUGGUGCAAAAGUUGCAGAAGCAGCUGGAAGAGCAGGCAAGCAUCAUUGAGCUACGGAGCAGGCAGGUCGAGCAGCUGAAAGCCGAGCUUGCCGAGACGCAGAGGCUCCGGGCUCAGGAGUUGCAGAGGAAUGAGUUGGAGACUCGUGAACUCUACCUCAUGCUCCGGGAUGCGCAGGACGUUGCGGCUUCGGCGGCGAAGAAGAAUAAGAAUGGCCUGGGUGCUAGCGAUCCGGCGCAGAUGGCGGGUAUCCUCGAUCGCGAGAGACUAAUGAACCGGCUGGAGAUUCAGUUGCAGCGGGCGAAGACGCAGGCGGCGUUGGAGGGCAAGAAUUUCCAACAGGUGGUGCCUAGCGAGAAGCUCAGGGAACUCCGCGAACGCAUGGAGGGUACGAAUGGUCUGGCUUCGGAGCAGGACUUCGCUGGUGGUCUGGAUGCAAGCUAUCUCGGUUCCGCCAGAGCCAAGAGCGGAGUCCCAAGGAGAAAGCCCGUUGGUGGUGAUGCCAACAAGGAGGCUGACGAGGAGGAGAGAAUACCUGAGAUUGUGGAGGACGACGAGGAUGCCGUUAUCGAGAAGCCCAGGCUGGUGGAGAUGCGCAGGCCGAAGAUGAGUGCAACGCAACAGACCAGUCUUCUUGGAGAGAUAGCAGCCAAAGUCAAGCCGUAUGAUGCAGACGAAGAGGAGAACGGCGAGAAGCCUGGCGAUGAGUCCGGCGCUCCGGCUACGACGGAAGAAGUUGCCAAAGCGGACGAAGCCAAACCCGCCGGAAACAUACCUCCUCCUCCUCCACCCCCUCCUGGUGCUCUUGGAUUUUCAGCAGAUAUCCCUCCUCCGCCGCCUAUGCCUGGAAUGGGUGGAGUGCCGCCUCCGCCGCCUCCGCCUCCCCCUGGCAAGCUUGGUUUCGCUCCUGGUGGUAUACCACCACCACCGCCUAUGCCAGGUCAAUUGGGCGACCCUGGAAUACCCGGUCUUCCAGGACCUCCGCCGCCGCCUCCUAUGCCGGGUGCCAAGCGCCCCGGUUUCCUGCCCAAGUCUCCUGGUAUCACUCCUACGUCUGUCAUUGUCCCAGGAGUGCGACCGAAGAAGAAGCUCAAGGCGCUGCACUGGGACAAGGUGGAUUCUCCACAGUCCACUGUCUGGGCUACGCAUACGCCUACCUCGGAAGAGAAGGAAGAGAAGUACAGGGAGCUUUCUAAGAAGGGCGUCCUGGAUGAAGUCGAAAAGCUGUUCCUCGCGAAGGAGAUCAAGGCCAUCGGCAAGAAGAACUCGAAGAAGGACGAGAAGAAGCAGAUCAUCUCGCGCGAUCUUAUGCAUACUUUCCAGAUCAGUAUGGCGAAAUUCUCGCAGUACUCGGCUGAGGAAGUGGUGCGCAUGAUCAUCCACUGCGACAACAAGAUCUUGGACGAUGCAGUCGUUAUGGAGUUCCUCCAGAAGAAUGACCUCUGCGAUAUCCCGGAUAACACUGCCAAGCUGAUGGCGCCGUAUUCGAAGGACUGGACUGGGCCGAAUCCGCUCGAGAGUAAGCGCGAACAGAAUCCUGAGGAGCUUACCAGGGAAGAUCAGAUCUACCUAUACACUGCAUACGAAUUGCAUCACUACUGGAAGAGCAGGAUGAGGGCGCUUGCCUUGACACGUACCUACGAGAGCGAUUACGACGAGAUAUCGGCCAAGCUUCUGGAGAUAUCGCGUGUCUCGGACAGUCUGCGCAGUUCCACCAGCCUCAUCAGCGUACUGGGCUUGAUUCUGGAUAUUGGAAACUUCAUGAACGAUGCCAAUAAGCAGGCAAAUGGCUUCAAGCUGUCGACUCUAUCACGUCUCGGUAUGCUCAAAGAUGACAAGAACGAAUCCACCUUCGCCGACCUCGUCGAACGCAUCGUUCGCAACCAAUACCCCGGCUGGGAGAACUGGACCGAGGAAGUCGGCGGCGUCGUGGCGGCCCAGAAGAUCAACGUCGAGCAGCUCCAGACGGACGCCAAGAAGUAUAUCGAAAACGUCAAGAACGUGCAGAUGUCGCUGGACGCGGGCAACCUGUCGGAUCCGAGCAAAUUCCAUCCCGAAGAUAAGGUCGCCAUCGUGGUGCAGCGGAGCAUGAAGGAGGCGAGGCGCAAGGCCGAGCAGAUGCAGGUGCUGCUCGAGGAUACGCAGAAGAUGUACGACGAUAUCAUGGCGUUUUAUGGCGAGGAUCCGACGGAUGAGAGCGCGAGGAGGGAUUUCUUCGGCAAGUUGGCGGGGUUCGUUGUUGAGUGGAAGAAAUCCAAAGAAAAGAACCUCGCCCUUGAAGAACAGCACCGCCGCAACGAAGCCUCUAUGCGCCGCAAGGCCAACGCGCUCAACCCGCUCUCCCCCACGGCCCUCGACUCGGAUUCGUCCAACCCCAAGUCGCCCGCCUCGACAGGCGCAAUGGACGACCUGCUCCAGAAACUGCGCGCAGCGAAACCCGAAGCGAGAGAUCAGAGAGACAGGAGGCGGAGAGCCAGACUCAAGGAUCGACACCAGGUGCGCGUGGCGAGCGGGCAGAAGAUCCCCGAGUUGGGCGUCAAUAUGGGGGAUGAGGAGGACGGGGGGAAGGGGAGUGCUGCUGGUGCGGGCGCUGGCGGUACUUCUUCGAGUGGUGGGACUACGGCGGCGAAUGGGUUGUUGAGUCCCGGCGCGUCGGACGCGGGGGAUGUAGGUGGUGAGGGCGCGGGGGCGGCGGCGGGGGAUGUGGCGGAUCGGGCGGCGGCGAUGUUGGAAGGAUUGAAUAAGGAGGGAGGGCUUAGUGUGAGAAGGAGAAGGGAGAGCGCGGAUACGGAGAGGGAGAGGGAGGAGAAGGAGGAAGAUAAAGAUGGCGAGGGGGAGGAGAAGAAGGAAGAUACCCAAGGUUUGACGCCGGUGACGGUAGUGAGUCCGCCUAGUCCGCCCCAGGAAGACGGGGAGGAGCGGCCUGCGAAUGGUGGUGAUGGCGAGGUGCAGGCUUAGUCUUCGUGGAUUCUUUUCAGAUAGGGGCGUUCUAGGGGCUGAAGGUUUUUUGAUGCCCUGGUGUUGGCGUUGGCGGGCAUGUGGGUUGUUGUUCUUUUUUUCUUUUGCAUAGCGUUGUUAGUGGGAUGGGAUGGCGGUGCGUUAUUGUUGCAUCCUCGGAAUUUUAAUUUUUGUUUAAUGUCAUCUUGGUGUGCUUUGAGGGUUUGAUGUGUGUGUGUGAUGUGGGGAUACAAGAAGAGGAAGAGGAAACACCUAAGACAGAAAGUAGGA